AUGUCGCACCCAGCCGAAGAGAAGGGCCCCAUCGUCCUCGAGCACGACAACCAUGAUGUCGAACACAUCACGGGCCGCCGCCACUCCCACAUCGACAAGGGCCCGGGACACAUUGACGUCCACGAAGUCGAUGAGAACGAACUCGACAAAGCAGAGGACGCCAUUGUCGCCGAACAUGAGUUUACACCUCAGGAAUACAAGCGCGUGCGCUGGAAGAUCGACUUGAUCCUCAUGCCCGUGCUCAUGAUCAUUUACGGACUGCAGUUUGCCGACAAGACGUCUCUUGCUGCUGGCGUCGUGUUUGGUUUGCGCGAGGAUACGGGCCUGGUCGGGAACCACUACGCCGACCUUACGACGUACUUUUACAUUGGAUACCUCGUCGCACAGGUACCGAUGGGCUUUGUGCUGCAGCGCUUCCCGCUCGGAAAGGCACUCUCGGUCUGUGUGAUUAUCUGGGGCGCAAUGGUCAUGGUCCUCGGCGCGUGUAACAAUUACUGGCAGCUGUCGCUCGUACGUGUCCUCCUCGGAUGGUUCGAGUCGGUUGUCACCCCCGGAUUCGCCGUCCUCACCGCAUCGUGGUACCUCCGCCGCGAACAGACUCUGCGCCAGAGCAUGUACUACACCAUGAACACUCUUUUCGGCAUGAUUUUCGGUAUCGGAAACUACAAGAUUGCCGAGAGGCAGCUGGCCAAGGGUGGCCUCGCACCUUGGCGUGUGAUCAACCUCUUCCUCGGUGGCGUGACUGUUGGAAUGGGCCUCAUCUGCUUCGCCAUCAUCGGCACACCCAAGGAAGUCUGGUGGCUCAGCAAGCGUGAGAAGCGUAUGGCCCACGCCCGCAUCAUCAGCAACGGUACCGGUGGUGGCGAGCACCACCCGUGGCGCUGGAGCCAGGUCCUCGAAUGUUUCAAGGACCCUCAAUUCUACAUGGGUUUCCUCGGAAACUUGCUCUGCACCAUCCCCAACGGCGCCAUCACCACCUUCAACACUCUCCUGCUCAAGUCGUUCGGCUACUCCAACCUCGAAGCAAUCAUCUGGCUUUUCCCCGGCUACGCUGUCCAGUCUGGUCUCGUCCUCAUCGCCGGUAUUCUCGUCUUCUACAAGCCCAAACUCCGUUUCCCUAUCAUCUUCGUAUGCCAAAUCGUCUCCAUUUUCGUCUUCCUUUUCGUCGGAUUGGGCGGCCAACACCCCGACACAAUCUCCAACAAACAACGCUUCAUCGUCUUCUGCUUCGUCUCUCUCUUCGCCAUCCCUCUAUUCAUGAUGUGGCCUCUCAUGUCCAUCAACGUCGCUGGCCGCACAAAAAAGACCUUCAACGCCGCCAUGCUUCUCGUCGCCUACUGCGUUGGCAACAUCAUUGGAUCGCAGGUCAUGCGUCCCAAUGACGCCCCACUUUACCUCAAGGGUCUGACUGUUAUUGCGAUUAUGAUCGGCGUCAACACGGUUAACUUUGGCGUUUGGUGGUGGUACUACUGGAGCACGAACCGGAAGCGCGAGCGCGCAUUUAUUGCUUCCGGCGUGUCGAUGGAGCAGCGCGAACUCGAGAACCGUAUUGCGGGAGAGACGGACCUCACAGACCGCGAGAACCCCCACUUCCGCUACCUGUGCUAA